AUGGUGAAAAGUCAAAAAUCAAAAACGACCAAGGGCAAGAGUGCAAGGUCGAAAUCGUCGAAAAGAAGCAGCGAGUCGAGAAAAGAAAGAUCCAAGGCUGCGCUGGAAGCAGCAAAGAAGAGGCAUGCCGCAAAAAUCCGAAAGACGUACCAGGACGGCAUUGCACGCCUCCAGGCUGCAAUCAACCAGGACACGACGGAAAGCAGGAAGAUCAACGACAGCUUGCGGAGCUUGCGGUUGACAGCAGCAAAAAGCGCACUCGAAAAGAAUAAGGAGCUCGCCGAGAGCAUCGAAGAGAAGAUAGAAUUAGCCGCGGCAGACAAGGCACGCAAGGAGAUGGAGAAGAUGGAUGUCGACGAAACCGGCGAGAACGAGACGACAAGCGAUGAGGACAGCAGCGAGUCCGGAAGUGAAUCGGACGAAUCACAAUCGUCUGAUACAACAACGUUUGUCAAGUUUGGAAGUGGCGGGGACGACCCCCUGGGACUUGGCGAGAUGGGUAUCGCCGUAAAGACGACCAAAGGAAAGGACAAACCGAAGGAGAAGAAGAAGCAGGCGGAGCGCGAAGUCGACGAACGGACGCGCGCGAUCGACAAGUUGCUGGAGGGCAUUGGACCGCCAGAGCCGGAGGAGGAAAGGGCGGAAGAAGGAGAGGAGGACAAUAUGGACGGCUCGGAAGCAGAAGGAAGAGCACAAGUAGCGACAGAAAUGGCCACGCGAAGCGAGGAUAGCGAGUUGAGCGGCAGCGAGGAAGCCGUACAGGGCGAGGACAGCGAGAAGAAGCAUCACAUCAUGGCUGAUGAAAACGACGAAAACGAGAGCGAAGGAAGCCAGGAAGAGACGGGCAAAGUGCCCAAAGGAGAAGAGGCGGAGGAGAGGAAACCGAGCGGCGAGCCAAUCCCAAAGUCGAAGUGGAAAGGCUACAUCUACGUACCUAUCAAGGAAGAGACCGAGGAGACCGAACAGCAGCUGCCAAAGGCAGACGAGAUGACUGGACGCACUACUCAAGUUGACAACGAAAUCGACGAGAUUGGUUCGAUCCCACGGAAGUUAAUGGAGGCCUUCGCCGAAGGAAGGCACCCCGUCCCCCUCACUUUCCUCACAGACGAGUUCUUGAAACGACAAGAUGCAUACAGAAUUAGCUACAGAAACGGGGUACUCGAACACCCGGUGUACGAGAAGAGUGACAAGUCGAUUCCACUCGACGAAGGGAUCGCAGCGAUCAAGCGGCACUACAGUCUGAUGAAGAGCAACUGGCCGGAUGUUGCCAAGUUCUGGAAGUCGUUCUGGAACAACUUAUAUCACAGUAAGGUGAUAUCGAAGAACGAAUGGCCCGUGCUCCGCGAACUAGCAAUCGAGACAAUCCAACGAUGCAUCCCAAACCCGAAGGCUGGCGCGAGACUUGUGCCAGAUCCGAACGACGAGAAGGCACUGAUGCGGGCAGAGAUGAGGGUAAACGUCGGAUAUGUCGACCGGCUUGACGCGCUGGAGAAUCGAGUCGAAAGGAGUGGGGCGAGUAUGGGAAGCUCGGCGAGCCUGUCAAAUGGGAAAACGGACGGCAGGAAGGAUGGAGGGCAGAGAGGAUCAGGAGAGGAAACAAAGGCGAGGGCGCAAGACGCCAAAUCGAUGGCGCAGACGUCAACGUCAAAAAGAAUGCCAAAGGGGACUGGACGCUUUUCGAUGGAACGUCCUUCUGCUGGUCAUUCAACACGGCCAAAGGAUGUUCGGCGAGCCGUUGUGCAAAUGGAAAGCACGUAUGCACGGGAUGCCUAUCAGCCAGCCACAGUGCCCAAUCAUGCAAGCGCGGACAAAACUGACACGAAUGGAAGACAACCAGAGCCAGUGACCCCGCUACAGGCCAAGAAGCGGGAGGAAGCGCUUAAAUAUCUUGAUAUUUUGGAGGAGCAUGCGACGCUCAUAGAUGGACUUAAGAACGGCUUCAAUAUGCAGUGCCAGUUGGCAAUUGACGAAACACGAGUAUACCCACACCUGAGGUCAGCGGUCGAGCACCCCAAAGUGAUAGAAGAUCAUAUAGAAAAAGAGGUUGCAGCAAAUCGAUAUGACGGCCCACAUACACGCGAGGAAGUCGAGAAAAGGCUGGGCGCAUUUGUGGCAAACCCACUUGGAACGGUCGACAAGGCGAGUGGAAGGGGAAAACGCGUAAUUGAACACCUAUCAUUUGCCUACGAAGAUGAACAACAAUCAGUAAACGCACAAACGAAUAUCGAGAACCUCGGAACAAACUGGGGAGGACUGGCAGAGAUGAUAGAGCUCAUCGUGACCUCGCCAGAUGGAGCACAAGGUGCAACAAUAGACUGGGAAGCGGCGUUCAGAAACUGCCCUAUACGUCCAGAGGAUUGGAGAUACGGAGUAGUCGAAUGGAAUGGGAAAUUCUGGAUCGACAAGGCGGCAAAGUUUGGCGCAAAAUCAUCCGUUGGCAUAUUCGAACUACCGAACAGAGCGUUCGUAGAAAUCUGCACACGGAAAGAGCUCGGAACGAUCAUAUACUGGGUAGACGACCUGAUGAUCCGACGACUUCCAGUACGGAGAGACGGGGAGGAAUGGAUAUAUGGAAUGGGAAUAGCGAAAAUAUUGGAGCUUGGGGAGGAGCUGGGAAUCCCCUUUCCGCCGGACAAGGUGCGCGACUUCGCCAACAUCACGACGUACGUCGGCUUUGACUGGCAUUGGCAAGAACAUGCAGUCAGUGUCAGCGAGUCAAAGCGGAAGAAGAACCUAGCACUGGUACAGGAGGUGCUGGAGGAAGGAAGGAAGACGUCCGGGGAAAGGCUGCAGUCAUUAUGCGGGAAGCUGGCGCACCUAGGAAUGAUAAUUCCUGAAGGACGAACGCACACGAGAGCUUUAUGGGCGACGGUAGCGAAAAUGGGCCUACCGAACCAGCACUCGAAGUAUAUCAAGUGGAACAUGCCGGAGAAGGCGAAGUGCAACCUCAGAUGGUGGAAGGAAACGCUCGAGAAGCCGGAGAUAAAGAUUCAGCUAUGUACACAACGCGAACCAAACUGCAAGUACCGGAUCUACACAGACGCGUCGACGGGAUGGGGACUGGGCGUCGUGAUCGAUGAUGAAUACGACAAAUUCAGGUUGGAAAGUGACUGGAGAACGAGGGAGGGCGAUGGCGCAGAACGAGAGAUUGGAUGGGCAGAAUUUGUGGCGGUCGAGCUAGCAGUCGAGUUCAUACUGCAACGGCCAGAAGCGGAAAGGACGCACAUAGAGAUUUGCACAGAUAACCAGGGCGUAAUUGGCGGCUGGAAGAAGCGGUCAUCGAGAAACGAGGCGCAAAACGAGGCGCAAAACGAGGUUCUCGGGCGAAUUCUACGCCGGCUAGUGCGAGCAGAGGCAUACCUGACACUGACAUAUGUGCGGUCGGAAGAAAACCCAGCCGACGGGCCAUCGAGGGGGCUAGAGCCGCCCGGAUACACUCAGAGGAAGCUGGGGAGAUUCCCAAGGUCAUUGGUCGGUUAUGUACGAAGAGCCUAG